ACAUGGAUCGGUACUCGGUCAGGCUUCGCCACACGCGCCCACAGAAACCCCGCGCCGAGUCCUGUCGUCGCUGCAGCGCGCGGCUUUUUUAUUCUGAGGGCUCAUUUCUUUAUUCAGUGUGUUUGUAGGCUGCUGAUCUGAGGACCGCCGGCGCGACGUUUGUUUUAUAUCUGUCGCUUUAUUUUUAGUUUUCGUGGUUUGGUGGACUGGAUCUCCGGCUCCCAGUGCAAGGAGGCGUGCAGGAAAAAAAAUGUCCCGACAUCCCAUCCCACUGAAUCCAGGUUUUCUGCCUCCAGCGACGCACGGGGUGCUGAAGUCUCUGCUGGAGAACCCGAUGAAGCUGCCGCUGCACCAUGAAGCUUUCAGCAAGCAGCAGGAGAAGGAGAAGAACCUCGAGGAGGAGCGCAGCACCCCCCAGUCAGCCUUCCUGGGCCCCACGCUGUGGGACAAGACCUUACCUUACGAUGGAGACACCUUCCAGCUGGAGUACAUGGAUCUGGAAGAGUUCCUGUCCGAGAAUGGCAUCCCCUCCAGCCCGUCCCAGCACCACCACAGCCAACACCAACCACACGCUCUUCCCCGCCAGCCGCCAAUCAUGCCCCAAUCCCCAGCCACACCAGUGCCCUCAGUAAUGGACCUCAGCAACCACGCCUCCACCUCCAUACACACAAGCGUCAUCUCUCCGAACUGCCUGCACAGCAGCCCGACACAAGCAGGCCUCCCGAGCUCCAGAAACACCCCGAGCCCCAUUGACCCGGACUCCAUCCAGGUUCCUGUCGGAUACGAGCCCAACCCGGCCGACCUGGCUCUGUCCAGCGUGCCGGGGCAGGAGUUGUUUGACCCACGCAAACGCAAGUUCUCGGCCGAGGAGCUGAAACCACAGCCCAUGAUCAAGAAAGCUCGCAAGGUCUUCAUCCCAGAUGACCUGAAGCAGGAUGACAAAUACUGGGCCAGGCGCAGGAAGAACAACUUGGCGGCCAAGCGGUCCCGGGACGCGAGGCGGCUCAAAGAGAACCAGAUCGCCAUCCGAGCCGGCUUCCUGGAGAAGGAGAACUCCGCUCUGAGGCAGGAGGUGGCCGAUCUGAGGAAGGAGCUGGGACGCACCAAGAACAUCCUGUCCAAGUACGAGGCUCGGCACGGGCCGCUGUGAGGACACACUCUUAUAUAUAUAUAUAUAUAUAUAUAUAUAUAUAUAUGCAGCAUAUAUACAAACACACACAUUGAGGAGGAUGAACCUGCCUCCUCCAGAUCCACCAGCGACCCUCCACACAGUCCUGAUGGCUCAACUCUCGGCAGGUAAAGGCUUAAGAUACAAAAAGACACUUAAUCAUUACAAGUACACAAUCCAUUACUUUAAACAAAAACAAGUUGACUUCAAGUUGAAGUAUACAUUAAGUCAAAUAUGACCUCUGAUAGUACAAAACUUAAAUCUCGUCUUAUUUUCUUAUUUAGACUCAAACCAGCACCCUGUCAGUCCAUGUCUCAGCUUCAAACCCAUUGGUUCCUCUUGAAGACAUAAAUCUUUAAAGGGUAAUUUCCCUAUUUUCACAUAUGUUGGUGUGGAAAUGACAAGAAGGUACAAAAGGUUUUGAAGGCUUUGAUGGAAACGUGAAAAAUGACAAAAUAGGUCAUUUCUGGAGCUCAUUAUUUAUUAAGUUAUUUACAUUUAUUGUGGCAGCGACCUCUAGUGGCCAUCCAACAGAUGCAAAGGAGGAAGUCUUGAUGUAUUAGAAAUAGGCAGAAAGUCCAUGCAAGGAGGUAGGAUAGUGGUUGGACAGGUCAAACCCUUACCAAGUAAAUGUUGCGUUAUUUUGAGUACAGUUCAUAACAAAAGUCCUCACAUUACACUUUUUGUAUAGAGCAGGUCCAGACUGUACUCUUUGUAAUAUUAUUUACAGCGGCCCAACAAUUCCCACCAUAAGCAAGCACUUAAAUAGCUUUACUAACCUCCAUCAUGUGACUUACAUAAUGUACUAUUUAACCCACACCAAUGUUUCCCUGAGCCUAACCAAGUAGUUUUUUUUGCCUAACCUAACACAAAGUUGUUGAAUAACGCUCAUGUGUGUCGUAUUGGGCGGCGUGGAUAGAACAACCUUAGGUUUAGGUUGAGGCACUUGUUGGUGGAAAACCGAGUCAGAGCUGGAGAGAUGAGUCUGUUGUGUUGGAGUAACGUUAGGAAAUAAUGUCUUGCUUGCACCUCCUCAACGAACACAACAAACUCCUCUUCCUCGUUUCCACCGGCGUAUUCCUGCAGGCUGAAGCCAUCUACUGCACGCAUUCAAAACUUUCUGUACCUACGAGUCAUUUCCACAACAACGUGUGAAAAUAUGGCCAAAUUACAGCUCACAAAUAUACAGCUUCAUGUUUCUGAAGGCUCAGUAAUUUCCUAAAUGUGUGUGUUCAUGGUGAUGAAGGAACACGUGAGGUUCACUGAUGGGUUUACUGGUGUCUAUGGCUCAGAGGAAGAAGAGACGUCAGGCUGAGAGACACUCGGGACUCGUUAGGAGACACGUUCACUGCUGGUUUAAGUCUGAACAUAAGGAGAAGCAUACAAAAAUCACCAGAUUUAUACUUUAAACAACAAGAAAGAAGCACUAAAAAUAUACCGACUAAGAGUCAACACAUUUUAGAUUAUUUCCUGUUGCCGAGACUUAUCAACAAAACCUUUCAUGUCUUUAUAAUCCUCCUGGCUGCCGGCGAACAUUUCUGCUGGAAACAGCCACUUAUCAGCUGUUUGAAAGACGGCCGCCUCUGUGCCGCGAGUUGAGCCCGUUAUUCAGGAUUAUUAAACACACACACCUGUUAGGACGCCUCUUCGGCUCAGACCACAAACACUAACCUGCCUCCACAUUAACGCACCUGGAGCCUGACCUUUGACCUCUGACCCCCCCCAUCCCAGUGUAUAGUAAUGGCACUUUAGGACUACCGACGGCUCGCUCGCUGCCGCCCCCUCACAGACUCCGCCCCCUGCAGGAACUGUUCCCACAAGGCACCUGUUCACAUGUACAUACCUGCCUUCGCUCUGCUCAUGAUGACUUUGUAUAUGAAUGUGUGCCGCCUCCUGCCGCUCUCCUGUAGGUCAAUCAGCAUCUUUUUUUCUAUCAGGGGUCAAGUGUUUUUGGGGCCCUACGCAGUAUUUUUAUGGAUAUUUAUGGAAAAGUGCAAAUAUAAAACCUUCAAAGUAAAACACAGGAUAUAAUAACUUUCAGAUUUUUAAUCAUUUGAUUCGUUAUAAUCAUUAAACUUGCUGUAACGACAUCAGAGAGUGUAUCUUUAAAUACUUCAGUGAUGACGAAAACAGGAACCCAAAGAGACUCAACGCUGUCAGUUUGUUUUUGGGGCCCUCAGCAGCCUCUCCGUCUGCUUCUGCCUCAGGCUUCUGGCUCACGUACGACCAGGCUGGUUUGUGAUCAGCUCACACACACAGGAAGUUUUGAUCUGAUGUCAGCAGGAAGUCCCAGCGCUGCUGCCCGAGCUCGACGCUGGAAACGAGAUUUGUUUUUGAAUUUACAGCGGUUUAUUGUUUGGGUCAGUUUGGAUCUGUUCUGUUAUAUAGCUGAGAACAAAUGAUCAUCCAAACUUAGCGUUUCUGCUUUGUUCCAUCAGUCUCGCAGAACUUUUCAGAAAACCUGAAAAUAAAAGACCAGGAUUCAAUUCAGAUUAAAUGAACAGCUGAUACUCAGUCCAGCGUAGGUUUUACGCAAACAAAACAAUAUCUUGUGUACACUCAAGUGUGAACUUGAGUGUGCAAACAGGUUGACCCAUAGUGUAUCUUGCGUGAAAAAGAUAAUGAACCUGGGUGUUAUGUGGGCACAAGAUAAUAAUGUUUGUGUGAAAGAUGAUGUUGUUCUGAACUUCAGUCUGAAAUAACCUGUAAUCAGCACAUGAACUGUUUACUUUGACCAACCUGCCAGGACAACCUGAUAGCAGUUUAGAAACACACUUCAGCUCUGUAACGUGCACGGAUUUCUACGGUCUGAUCCGUGGGGUCGUACGACCUCGUGCUGCCCACGUGGCGGCGUUACGACAGAGGCAGCGACAAAGAAAGAGCUGUUUGUUUGUUUGUGUUUCUGUCCUGAACGUCACUGCCUCUCUUUCUUUCUGUCCGUGCAGGCUCAUUAGUGAAAGCUGAUUAAUAAGAAUGUUUUUACAAAGUUGUUUCUCAAUAAGACCCAUGUUGUGAAGACAAACUGUGAUAAUUGACCUUCGACAAUUAUUUACUGCUGCUGUUUGCUGAUCGCUCUCAGACGUUUUCAGAAGUUGGUGCAGGGUUUAAAAAGACUCACCUUCGUCUGAACAGGGUUUUGUUUCUUUAUUGAUCAUGGAAAUGAUUGAUUGUUCCCGUCAGUGCAAUAGAUGGUUCUUUACGGCUUCGGCAUGAGCUUUAUUUUUAUUUGUUCUCUCUGUCGUUAAGUGUAGCUCAGCAACGAGUGCGCCCCCCGGUGGCCGAGUGGGACAUGAAUGUAUAUUUGAAGCUGACUGGUGUUGUCUCAUACUGUGGAAUCACUUUAAUACUCUUUACUACAGACCAAACAAAUACAGUAUAUAAAUAAAGGAUAUAUUGAUAUAUUAAAGGUUUUAAUGUUUAUACAGAGCUAUUCUUGUUUUUUGUACAGUCUGUUUUCCUACAUAGAUAUUUCCUGUGUAUUUUGGAAAGAGUUACAUUAAUAUAAGUAGUAUUUUACACAUACAUACAUACAUACAUACAUAUACACGUAUAUAUAUAUUCAGAAUUACAACCAAAACAGCGUGCCCGAGCAGUCCGGGUGAUGCAUGGGCAUUAUGAAAAUCCUCCACAGUUAUUUGUGUCUGAUUCUUUCCUCCCUGCAUAGCUGAAAUACCUCAAACCCCUCCCACUUUCUUACCCUCCUUCACACCUGUGCAGGUGCAGCUGAUUCAGCUCUGGGCUUGUUUUGGCCCCAGGUGCUCGGCUCCUCCUCUUUAACGUGUCAGCGAGGACGCAGUCGCCUCCGUGUAGAUGCUUACCUGUGUAUUUUCACGACUAGAGGAAUGUAUUCACCCAACCUGAAGCACUUGUUUUUUUUUUACUUUUGUUCGCUGUGAUUUAUCAGUUCUCUCUCUCUGCUCCUUCAGAGCCUCUGCAGCUUUGUUAUCUGUGACCAGAGAUAUUUUUCCUAUGUUUGUUUUCCUUGAUUAUGUUUCUAAUGAUUAAAAUAAGAAUAAAUAAAUAAAAGUUC